AUGACCGGCGAGGCGGGUUCUGAGGUUAACCUGGAAAUCAGUGAUCUAAAACUUGUUUCACAAGAAGAAGAAGAAGCAGAUAGUCCUGUAGACAGUGGACAGGGCAGCUUAGAAACGCUCUUGAGUGAAAGAGAUUCUGAUGAAGAGAUAUUUGUGAGCAAGAAGCUGAAGAGCAGGAAAGUGCUGCAAGACAGCGAUUCUGAAGCUGAGGACAGAGAUGGCUCUCUGGAGAAACCCACCUAUGACAGCCAGGAGGAGACUGAAGAGAACUUCUACUCAGGCAAGACUGGAAGGAGCAGGAGCAUUUCCAAAAGGCUGGCUGAUGGCGAUGAGAGUGACAGUGAGGGAGCUCUGUGUCGGGAGAGCCUUAAAACUCAAGAGACGCCCACCUCAGAGCCGAGCCUCCAGCCUGGAAGCCCUGUGGACUUCACCACCAACAGAAUGCUUUCCAAAAAACUCUCCAGAGAAGGAACUGAAGCAAAAGCAAAAUCCAAGAGAAGACUGGAGAAAGAGGAGAGAACAAUGGAAAAAAUUAGGAGACUGAAAAAGAAGGAAACAAAAUAUCAGGAAAGUGAUGCAGACCAGCCACUUAAUGACAGUGGCUGUCUUCUUGGAGAUAGUGAUCUUUUUGAAACAGGUUUGGAGGAAGAAAAUGACUCUUCAUUGGAAGAUGAAGAGUCAUUAGAGUCAAUAAGGGCGGCUGUAAAAAACAAAGCAAAAAAUCACAAGAAAAAGGAACCAUCUCUGGAGAGUGAGACCUUUUCAUUAGAAGAAGAAAAUGAGGUAUCCAAAGGCAACGUGAGGAAGGAAAGAAAGGCAGCGAAGCUAAGUAAGGAAGCAUUAAAAAGACUGCAUAGCGAGACUCAGCGUCUAGUCCGAGAAUCUGCACUUAAUCUUCCAUAUCAUAUGCCUGAGAGUAAAACUAUUCACGAUUUCUUCAAACGUAAACCCAGGCCCACUUGCCAGGGAAAUGCCAUGGCCUUGCUGAAGUCAUGUAAGUAUCAGUCAGGCCAUUACAAGGAGACCAUAAACACGGCCGAUGCAGCUGAAAUGAAUGCCGAUGAUCCCAGCAAAGAUUCUGAGCAGACAACAGGUACAGAAACUGCAACGGAAACUAAUGUUGCCCCUGAGGUCUCAGAAGAAGCUGGAAUUACUGCUGGAUCAGAUGAGGCUUGUGGGAAGGAUCCAGUGAGAGAGCUGGAAAUUGAGGAGACUGAGAAGCACGGUGAUGACAGACCUUCUCCUGGGGACACUUCAGUGGCACAGCAGGAACCCUCCAUCUCCAGGAUCAAUGAGGGGUAUCAGGUUGGAGAACUCACAGUGUCUGACCCUCAUGCCCUAGAGGGAGAAAAACUGAAAACAACAGAAGAGACAGAUGCAAAAGAGGGAGAGCCUGCACAGAAAGCGAAAUCCUUGGCAGGUACGCCACCCAAGAAGGUGAGAAGAUUCACCAUGGACCGACUUAGGCAGCUAGGAGUGGAUGUUUCCAUUCAGCCCCGGCUGGGUGCUGACGAAGACUCCUUUGUGAUACUUGAUGAACCUGAACCCAACCGAGAACUGGAAGCCUUGAAGCAGCGUUUCUGGAGGCAUGCUAACCCAGCAGCCAAUCCCAGGGCUUGUCAGACAGUGAAUGUGAACAUCAUCGUGAAGGACCUGGGCACUGACGGGAAGGAGGAGCUAAAGAUGGAUGUGGUGCCUGUGACUUUGGCAGCUGAGAAACUGGAUGGAGCAAGCCACACAAAACCAGGUGAAAAACUGCAGAUGCUAAAAGCUAAAUUGCAGGAGGCAAUGAAACUCCGAAGGCUUGAGGAGCGGCAAAAGCGCCAAGCAUUAUUAAAAUUAGAUAAUGAAGAUGGGUUUGAAGAGGAGGAGGAAGAGGAAGAAAUGACAGAUGAGUCUGAAGAAGAUGGAGAAGAGGAGGCAGAAGAAGAGGAGGAGAAUCAAGACACUCAGGAGACUGCAGACUUUCUUCUUGUUAGUGAAGAUACAGAAACCAAAGAUGAAAAGGAAACAGAUAAAGAAAAUACAGAUGGCAGUAGUGAAAUUGGCAAGUCUGUUGACCUCUCCGUUCCCAAGCCCCUCUCCUCGGAUUCCACCUUACUUCUGUUUAAGGACAGCUCUUCCAAGACUGGUUACUUUCCUACUGAAGAAAAAUCAGAAACAGAUGAACACUUGGGCAAGCAGUCCAGCAAACUGGAUGAAGAUGACUUGUGUUCACUGCUAACAAAGGAGAGCAGCCACAAUAGCAGCUUUGAGCUGAUUGGCUCCACAAUUCCAUCCUAUCAGCCUUGCAACAGACAGACAGGCCGUGGGGCCAGCUUUCUCCCUACAGCAGGAGGGUUCAGAUCCCCCUCCCCUGGGCUGUUUCGAGCCAGUUUGAUCAGCUCAACUUCUAAGAGUUCAGGAAAACUGUCUGAGCCUUCACUUCCCAUAGAGGAUUCCCAGGAUCUGUACACCGCCUCCCCAGAGCCCAAGACACUUUUCCUAGGAGCAGGAGACUUCCAGUUCUGUUUAGAAGAUGACACUCAGAGCCAACUGUUGGAUGCAGAUGGAUUUUUAAACAUUAGAAAUCACCGGAAUCGAUACCAAACUCUGAAGCCUCAGUUGCCACUGGCCAGUAUGGAUGAGAAUGCUAUGGAUGCCAACAUGGAUGAGCUGCUGGAUUUGUGUACCGGACAGUUUACAUCUCAGUCCGAAGAGAAAUGUCAGCCUAGUAGGGAUGACAAAAAAGAAAACAUGGAUGAACUUCUGAAUCUUUGCUCAGGCAAAUUUCCUUCUCAAGAUGCCUCCCCUAUGUCUGCGUUGGAGCUAAGUAAGCAAGAGAGGGAGAACAGCACAGAUGAUCCUAUGGAAGAGGCACUUGCCCUUUGCUCAGGCUCUUUCCCAACAGACAGGGAGGAAGAGGGCGAAGAGGAGGAAUUUGGAGACUUUCAGCUUGUUUCAAGGGAAAAUGGAUUUACUAGCGAUGAGGAUGAACACAGCAACUCUAGUGAUGAAGAGCUGGCCCUGGACCAGGAGGAGGAUGAAGAAGAGCUCCUGAAGCAGUCUGAGAAGAUGAAAAGGCAAAUGAGAUUGAAGAAGUUCUUGGAAGAUGAGGCGGAGGUGUCAGGAAGUGAUGUGGGAAGUGAAGAUGAGUAUGAUGGGGAAGAGAUCGAUGAAUAUGAAGAAGACAUCAUUGAGGAAGUGCUUCCAUCUGAUGAGGAACUGGAGAGUCAGGUCAAGAAAAUACACAUGAAAGCCAUGUUGGAUGAUGAUAAGCGACGACUGAGGUUAUACCAAGAGAGGUACCUUGCUGAUGGGGAUCUGCAUAGCGAUGGGCCUGGACGAACGAGAAAAUUCCGAUGGAGACACAUAGAUGACACCUCCCAGAUGGAUCUGUUCCACAGAGACUCUGAUGACGAUCAGGUUGAAGAGCAGCUUGAUGAGACUGAAGCCAAGUGGAGGAAGGAGCGAAUUGAACGAGAGCAGUGGCUUCGGGAACAGGCUCAACAGGGGAAAAUUUCUGCCGAAGAAGAGGAUGUUGGGGAGGACAGUCAGUUUAUGAUGCUGGCCAAGAAAGUCACAGCCAAAGCUCUGCAGAAGAACGCCAAUCGUACUGUGGUUGUUCAGGAAUCAAAGUCUGUGUCCAGUAACCCCUUUGAAGCCAUCAGACCAGGAGGUGCUCACCAGCUGAAGACAGGCUCCUUGCUGAAUCAGCCCAAAGCUGUGCUUCAGAAACUCGCUGCCCUGUCUGAUCUCAACCCCAGCGCUCCCCGAAACUCAAGAAACUUUGUCUUCCAUACACUUUCUCCCACCAAGGCGGAGGCAGUAAAGGAAUCAUCUAAGCCUCAGGUGAGAAGAAGGGGACCAUCAUUAAUGAUGUCACCGUCUCCUAAGCGGCUAAAGACAGAUAAGAACAGUCCAGGACCAAAGCGAAGCAUCUUCAGAUACUUGGAAAGCUAACACCAUCCAGGCGACCAGCGUCUGUCAAAACUACUCAAAGUAGGUCUGGCAUGGAAAGGUGGAACUGAUGUUUCUGCUGACGACCCGCUCUGGUGCUCAUGAUCUGCAUUAUGCGCAGAGUUCUUCUUACAGCACGGCUCUCAGCAGCGUUCUUUUCUUUCCUGGUGUUAUUUUCCAGCUUGGCCACCAGUGUUGUCACUGCAGACUCUGCAGCAUCGACCUCCAGAAUAAUUGAAGUCUCACUUCUGUUAAGCAUUUGACAUUUUUCCUAGCAGUUUCCUGGGUUGACACCACUUUGAAGUGGGGGUGUUUGGAGAAGAAAGAAAGUGUGCCAUUAUAGAAAAUUACUGAAAGCCAGUACCAGGAUGAUUCCUCCACACCAUGGGACAUGGCUGCCAGGCCUCAGCGUGAGCAGCUAAGAUGGAGGAUCUAAGCAACACCCACCCGGCUGCUGCAUCAGUCUCCUUCCUUCUGUGUCCUGUAAGCCUCUAGCCUUGAUUUCUGAUUAACCUUUAAUGCCUUUGAGAUAAGGACAUAAGCUGGUACUGAGUGUAUAAAGAGAUCAACCCUCAUUUUCUGCAGUAAUGUUGGAAGAAGAGGGGUUAUACCCAGUGGCCACCGGCACUGGGUAAUCCGUGGGAGAGAGACCUUCUCUGGGACAAGAGUCUCAACUUAAAGCGUUUGUUCCUGAGCCUCUCUCCCUUCUGCAGACUAGAAGAAAUCCAACCACUUUUUAAUAUUUUUUCCCGUUUUUUGAAGCAGGAUUUUUCUGUGUAACCCUGGAUGUCCUGAACUCACUUUGUAGAUCAGGCUGGCCUUUAACUCACAGAGAUCCAUCUGCCUGACCACUAUUUAUUACAUCUCUUGGGCUGAGUUUGUUGCCCUGACCAAUCAGAGAACAUUUUACUGCUUCAUCACUAAUAUUGAGAUCAGAACAGUGAAAUUUAAUAAAAUUAUUGAAAAGAACUGCCAUCACUUUCUUUGACCUGUCCCUGGGCUUUCAGAAAUAUACACCAAUUUCCCCCCUCAGAACUGAAUUCAGUGUUGCAUUGCAAAAACCAUUCCAGGAUUAUGUUGGGUUUCAGUGUCAAAAGCUGACCAUGGGAAGUUGAGUAAGAUUGUGUCUGUCUUUUGAGAGACAUAAACCAGCCAGUUCAACUGAUGAAAUUAAGAUGUAGGUUUUCUCUUGGUUGAUAGGGCUUUUUGUUUAUUUUAUUUCUAAUACUCAGGAUGCUGACUUGGACAGAACAUACAUUUGUAUAUUUGUAAUCUUGUAAUAGGAGAAAUGUGUAUAAAGCUGUUUUAAUAUGUAUGUAGAUUUUUCAAUAAAUCUCAUUUCCUUAAGGGCA